AGGAAGCGUACAUCAGCUGCAGUCCAGCUUUUAAUAGGGAGAAGGGGGGAAGCAGACUUUUGGAUGUUGCCGGGUGCAAGAAGGAUAAUAUUGCUCUUUCAGUGGGGGGUUUUGCAGGACAAUGCAUUCUUGGAAUCUGAUCCUGGGCCUUCCGAAAUCUGCUCUCUUUCUCUCCCUUCCCGCCCUUCCCUCUUGCUGGUUUAAACAACUUAAUUUCCUUUUGGUGCCAUGGCAACGCAGAAACAACCUCAGAGCACAAUAAGGAUGGCAGUGGCGUUUCGCGGAUUCUUGGGCCAACCAGAACGGAAGGAAGAGAGAUGAUAAGAAAAAUAAUAACCUAGAGAGGGAAAACAAAGCCGAGGACUGUGAUUCUACAGUAUACGGUUGUUUUGAUAGUUCUGUUUGUACUUUUAAUACAGGACAGAAUAAUGGACUGAUGUCUCCAGUCUAAAGAGCCACUCUUAACACGAUCGUCUAGCUCUAUCGGCAGAACGCAAAUGAGGAACCCUUACAAAGGAGCAAAGUUACAUUUUCAAAAGCAGAUGGGAAAGUCAAUAGAUUUGUGAAUAAUGUCCAGUCUAUCUUUGUUAAGUCGUGGGGCUGGAGAAGUGAUCAGAAACAAACAAGAGAAGCUGGAGGUGCAUUUUCACCCUGAGGAUUACUUGAACUGGACAUCUCCUGAAACCCAUUCUCCUAUCAGUCAACUACUAGGUAACAGCCAGGUUCUGGAGGGAUACUAUAAACUAUGUCUUCCUAAGACGUACAGCACCAGAACAGGUGCCCUAAUUCUCUACUCUGAAGAUCUAGCUAAACCAUCAAGGAGAUGGAAAGAAUGUAGAAAGUCCCGAAGAAGAGCAGGAAACAAAAGCCGGGCCCUGCAUGUUGAACUACAGACCCUCCAAGAUUUAGUUCGAGCCAUUUUGGCAUACGGCAGUAAAGAGGCAAAUAAGAAAGGGAUUGCUUGGCAACCAUGUCUUCACUUCUUAAGUGAGCCGUACUUCCGGACUGACAGACAGAUGAGACCAGGCUAUUCAGCCAAGAGGUAUCUCCUUAAACUCUCUCAGACCUGGGACCCGAGCAUAUUGCAAAAGCUUCAGAGUGCAGGAUAUAUUAGAGAUCCAUUGUUGCUUGAGGAAAAUUUACGAGAUGACAGGAAGAAACAACAGGAUCUGUCUGCUGUUCCACCAAAAUAUAAUCUUCUUCAUAUCUUCUAUUCACCAUGCCCAUAUUUACAGACGGAGUUAGAAGAACCACACAUUUAUUCAGGCCUUGGCCCUUCGUUUCAGAAGCAGUCUGAGAAUAAAGUCAGAUUGGUGCAAAACUCUGAAGAAGAAAAAAGCAUCAGAGAAAGAGUUCGAAUUCCUUUAAGAAUUUCCGUCAGAAAACUGAGCCUUCACCUGAGACGGCAGCAAACAAAGGAGACCACCUGGAGCCAGGAUACAGCGUACAGAGAGAUCCCAGAGAAUAUUCUCGUAGCAUUUGUUGAGAAUGACUUGAAUGGAUCCGAGUGUCAGCAGCACUACCAAGAUUGUGCUUUCAUACAAGAGGAAGGGGCAGUGGAGAGAUGA